AAGUUUUGUCGGGCAAAAAGCUUUGAGUGGAUUUAAGUGCCCUUCCAUGGAUGAAAGGGACAAAUUUCAUUCACAGAAGGCAGAGUAUGGCAUCCAACGGAAUAGUUCGUGAAAUUCUCACAAGGUACAACUACGAAGAAUGGAAAAUUUUGAUGAAAAAUUAUUUGAGAGGAGAAAAUUUGUGGGAUGUUGUUGAGGGUGGUUCUGCUUUAGCACCCAAUGAUGCAGACAAAGACGCAAAGGUUCUACAUAUCAUUCAACUAUCAUGUGCACCUAACAUGUUUGAUGAAAUUAAACAUUUUGAAUCCGCACAAAUAGCUUGGAAUCAUUUGGCUGCAGUUUGUGGUUAUGAAUUUACUGCUCAAUCGCAUAUUAGACGCGGUGUAGUAUCCGACAAUGUUAAUCAGCACAAAAAACUGUACGAAUUUGUGGAGAAGGGUGAUUGGAGUGGCACAAGAUCAUACCUUCGAGAAGAACGUGAGGCCAUAUUUUGGGUUCCGUCUUCGGGUAGAACGGUUCUCCACGUUGCAACAAUGGAAGGGCAUUUGAAAAUUGUGGAUGGAUUGGUGAAGCUAGGAAAGGAGGCAUUACUAGAAAAACAGGAUGAGGAUGGUAAUACUGCUCUUGCUCUUGCUGCUGGUUACACCGGAGACAUGGAUAUAGCAAAGCGCAUUGUAAAUGCAGAAGGUGGCGUGGGAGUGCUGGCUUUACCCAACAAUAAGGGUGAGAUCCCACUUCUUUUGGCUGCUAAUUCAGGACAUAAAAAAAUGACUCGCUUCCUUUUUCUAAGAACUCCUCCCCAUAUCCUACAACAACAGUCUUCACGCAACCGAGUUUUGCUUUUGGAAAGAUGCAUCCAAGCGCAUAUAUUUGAUGUGGCUUUGAAAAUGCUGGAAUCUUACCCGGAACUGCCUACAGAAUCCAUAUCCUAUGGCUUUGGGGGCCUUCAUGAAUUGGCUCGAAUGUCUUCUUCAUUUUCAAAUGUCGCUGAAGUCCCUGAUUCUGAAUCUUUACAGACAUUAGUUUACAAUUUGACAGAUCGUACUUUACUCAAUUUUGUUUUGAUACUUUUGAACGUGUCUUGGAAGCUUAUUAUGGAAUUCGCAAUUAGGGGACCCCAAACUGGACAGAGAAUUCAGAUGGUUCUACAAAUAGUUGAAGAGACUAUAUUUGGACAAAACAAGAAUGAAGUUCCACAAAUAUUGAAAUACUAUAAAGAUAGAGUUGCGAAGUUUAAUAGUUCACAGCUUGGGGAAGCUUCGGUGAACAAUGCCAUGUUGGAUGCAGCGAAGCAUGGAAAUGUUGAGUUCAUAAAGGCUAUGAAGGAGGCUAACCAUGACCUUUUAUGGGCAAUGGACAACCAUGGAAGAGGCAUAUUUUCGUAUGCGGUUCUUUAUCGCAAACACAAUGUGUUCCAACUCAUGCAAACUCUCUGUGGAAAUAAGUAUGCAAUUAACUACACAACAGACAUGUUUGGCAAUAACCUGUUGCACCUGGCGGCACGAUUAGGACCUUUCUCUGAUCUGAAUCGCAGACCCGGUGCGGCUCUGCAAAUGCAAAGAGAAAUUCAAUGGUUUAAGGCAGUGGAGGAAGUUGUGCAUCUGAAGUGUAGGGAAGAAAAAAAUAAUGAGGGUAAGAAGCCUCGUGAAAUAUUUAUUGAAACACACAAGGAGCUGAUGAAAGAUGGAGAGAAAUGGGCGAAAGAAACAGCGGGGACCUUUGCAAUUGUGGGUGUUCUCGUCAUAACUGUCAUGUUUGCUGCAGUCUUCACUGUUCCAGGAGGAUACAAUCCAGACACUGGAGUGCCAAUUUUUGUAAAUAAAGGAGCAUUUACUGUGUUUAUUAUAAGUGAUGUAGUAUCUCUAUUUGCUUCUAUAAUUUCAGUAUUGAUAUACGUUGACAUUCAGACAUCACGUUACGCUGAAAUAGACUUCCUACAAAGAUUACCCUUGAAGAUAAUGUCAGGCCUUGGGUUCCUUUCCAUGUCCCUGGUGCUCAUGAUGGUUGCAUUCUGUGCUGCACUUUCUAUAGUUCUACAAAAAUCUAGGAAUUACGUUUAUCUCUUUGAAGCAGUCCUCAUAUUGAUAAUCUUUCCAUUUGGUUUAAUUCUACCAUCUCAGCUUAGACUUCUACUUGAGACUUUUGCAUUUAUAACAUCAAAUCCCAUCGCUGGAAGCCGAAACUCAAGAAAGCACGGUUUCAUCAGAAGAAUUUUGUAUUGUUAAUUAACACUUGAAGUUAUUUGUUUCUCUUUUUCUUGUAUUUUUCUGUACUAUU